AUGCGACAUGUCACUUUCUUCCAGGCAUGUCACACUCGAGUGCCAAUCUUGACCGAUGUCAUCAAACCUCUGUUCCGCCGUUACGACGCAGCUUUUUCGGCUUCCAACUCUUUUGUGCUUUUGCCGAGAACUGUUGCGCUCGGAUCUGUAGCAAAUGGCGACGAAUGCUCGCAGCCUUCGCAAAAAAUGGAUGAGAAGCCAGCAAACACGGUGCUUGCAGUUAGCGAAAACCCAGAGGGCGUUCAAUGGAAACGUCCCGAUGAUUCGAUGCACGCACAUUUCGACUGUUUCUCUGGUGCUGCGGGUGACAUGAUGCUUGCUUCGUGUAUCGAUGCCGCAGGGGAUAUCGGUGACCAGCUGCUGGGAUAUGUGGGAGAGUCUAUACGCCGCGGCUUCCCGGAGCUUGAUGGCGAAUUCGAGUUGUAUAGGGAACGCGUCUGGAGAGGAAUGGGUUCUAUCGCUGCCACCAAGAUAAACGUGAGCAGUCUCUACGGCCACAGAGCUGCACCGACUCCCAAGCUAACAACAAAAACCAUAGAUGAGCGCGAUUACAAGGCUACUGAAAUGGCGCCGCAUACCGAUCAUGAUAAUUCCGACCCGUCUUUUAAUCAAACUCACCGUCACGUACACUCUCACGCUCACGAGCAAGAAGGACACACUCAUCAUCUUGAGCACAAUACAUCUGCCAAUCAGCAUUCGCAUGAUCACGAACAUGUCGGCGAACAUUCGCAUGUACAUAGCCAUGAAAUACGAAACAGCUACUCAAAGGACCAUAAUCACGCGUCAGGACCACUUCGAAACCUGCCGCAAAUCCGAGAAAUGCUCCAAAGCUCGUCGGUCGAAUUUAUUCCUUUGUGGGUAAGGGACGCCGCGAUCGAAGCAUUUACCGAGCUCGCCCGUGCCGAAGCCACGGUACACGGUGCAUCGGGAAAGGACACGGUGUACUUCCAUGAAGUGGGAGCGGUUGACUCAAUUGUCGACACUGUCGGCACUCUUCUGGCGUUGCAUGCGCUAGGUGUUGAAAGUGUAUCGUGUAGUCGGUUACCCUUGGGCGAAGGAACCGUUUGGACAGACCAUGGCUUGCUUCCUGUACCAGCUCCGGCAACACUUCUUUUGAUGGUUGGUAUGCCAACAAGUCCUGGUCCACCAGGUGUUACCGGAGAGCUUGUCACACCGACAGCCGCAGCUCUUUUGCGUGUGCUGACGAAAAAAGAUGGCAUUUCUUCUAUCGCGGGUAGACCUCCCCGGUUCGUUGUCAAUUGUGUGGGAAUAGGUGCCGGAACAAAAAACUUUCGAAAGCACCCAAACAUUUUGCGUCUUUUGAUUGGUGACUCCGUAGUGAUUGACGAGAGCACAGAAAGGACAUAG